UAUAGUAACAUGAGGAACACAUUUAUUCUUCAUCGAGUAUCAUUUUUGGCGCCUGAGAUUUAGGGUUCUUCGUGACGGAGUGCAGAAAUUUUGCUCCUUGUUCUUUAGCCCAGAUGGAGAAGCCAUCGGAUGCAACUUCCAAUAGCUCGCCCUCCCUUCCUCCCAAAGACGACGGAGAACAACCUCCCGUUGAUACCGCUGUCGUUCCUGAUGUCGUCGAUCAUGACCUUGCUUUUUGCAGUGGUGCUGAGCCGAAACCCGAGAUGUCCGAGGAAGAAAUUAAGGGAACACUGGAAGCAAUAGCAUCCACCGGGAAGUUCUGUCAGGACUGGGACAAAUUAAAGGGAAUGCUUUCCUUUUGGUUGAAGCAGGUUCUUUCCGAGUAUCCUGAGGCAAAAAUGACCACCGAGCAGCAAAAUGCUUGCCUAGGAGAAACAUACUCGGAGCUGGUUAGUCGAUUGGAUGAAGCGCUUCUUUGUUUUGAUGAAGGCCCUCCAUUUACGUUGCAGAGGCUUUGUGAGAUUCUUUUAGCUGCACGAUGCAUCUAUCCAAAGCUCUCAAAGCUGGCUUUAGCACUAGAAAAGAAUCUGUUGGUAACUUCUAUGUUAGCUGUCAGUGUGGACACGACCACGGGUCAGAACACUGAAGAGGCAAGACAAGAAACCAAGUCGGGUGCUAAUUGGGCUCCGAAUGGGGUUGAAUCCAUGGGAGGCGAGAAGGACGAGAUAAUGACGGAGGUGGAGGAAGCAGACAUUGAUGAUGCGAUGACUAUCGAUGCGGAAGCCACAGAUGAAAUGGUCGAACCGUCGGAGACAAAUCAGCCGCCAAGUGAAAACAGUUGAAAGGUUCUUUAGCCAACAUCUUCUGUUUUGAUGAUACUUCUGUUUUGAUGUUUCAUGUUUUCAACAACAUCAAUUAUUAAAAGCUAUCCAAUAUCUGUGUUUCUCCUUCUCGUCAUCGGUUAUUGGGAUUUUCCCCUGAAAUUGAGAAUAGAAUGCAUCUCUUUGGUCCAUUUCCACGGAACGAUUCUGCGUUAUAUAUGAGCACGCUAAUGUUUUUGCA